CUGAAAAUUGUGUUACUCGCCUGAUGAUUCAUUGUGCUAUUAACAAUUUGUUUCUCAGCAGAAACUGUGUGGACGUCGCACACGCCCUGAGGAGAGCCGGACACGCCUACCGAUGAUUGGGUUAAAAUAGAAGUGGAGGGGGCGAGUCAGAGGAUGGUUGAAUGAUAAUUGUCACCUGCAGAAACCAGAAGGACAGGGAUUCAGGCGUUAAACAAACCUCUCCUCAGGCUGAUUCAAUCCGUGGCAGGGGGACCAGACUAACCUCACCUGGGCUUUGAUGCUUCCCUGCUGACGGUGCCCACAGUCAACCUUCCCAAGAAGCAACGUAAACAUCCAUGCAGGUUGGACACCUACCUCCUCUCAGACUGGAUGGACAUGACAAAAGGUUUCAAAAAAAAAAAUCUUCCUCCUCUUCAUUGUAACCUUCCUCUUCAUCAUCUUCAUUGAUAAGAGAACACCUGGGCUGUACAGUUACUUUCCAAAGACGCCAUGGCAUCCAAAGUUAUGCCCCAUAUGGACUUCUGUAAACACCAUCACCCCCCUGAACAACACCGAUCACUUCUUGGUGUCUGCCUUCAUGGACCAGAGAGCAAAAGGGUUUGAUAUCAGAAUUAUUGGCAUAUUCAAAAGAGACUCCAUCAAGCUUCUUUACUGCCUGUUCUGCUGUGAAGGCAAGAUAUCAAAGACAGUACCAUCAAAUGUUUUACAACAUUCUGACAACUUUGGUUAUCCCUUCACCGCCACGGAUGUCAUGUGUCCAAUUCCUGAAGACUGUGACGCUACGUAUGUCACUCUUCAGACUCAGCCAGAAAGAUCGAAGGCAUUAAACCAGAUGUGGCUUCCUAUAAGAAACCAGAAGACCAAAGGGAAGGAGGAGAAAAAGAUGCAGUUUAACUUCACUGUCUGCAUCUCCAGCCUGUUUGGAGAUUACAACAAUGUGCUUCAGUUUGCACAGACGCUGGAGAUGUACAGGUUGCUGGGUGUGGACAGGGUUGUCAUCUACAACACCAGCUGUGGCCCAGAACUGGAUCGCCUGUUGCGGAGCUACAGUAGGACCGGCUUCGUAGAAAUAGUUCCUUGGCCAAUCGACAUGAUAUUGAAUCCGUCUCGGGGCUGGCUCUUCUCUCGGAGUGGAGGAGACUUGCAUUACUUUGGUCAGCUAACCACACUUAAUGAAUGUGUGUACAGAUCCAUGGACAGGUCCCGUUACGUCAUGUUGAAUGACAUUGAUGAAAUUAUAAUGCCAUACAAACACAACAACCUGAUGUCUCUAAUGAACACGCUCCAACAGCAGAAUCCAAAGACAGGCGUGUUCCUUAUUGAGAACCAUAUCUUCCCCAAGAGACAUUUUGAGUCAAGUGGGAGGUUUCAUCUCCCUCAGUGGGACGGGGUGCCGGGAGUUAAUAUUCUGGAGCACAUCUACAAGGAAGACCCUGACAGAAAGACAUACCACCCGCACAAGCUAAUCGUUCAGCCGAGGUUGGUGGAGCAGGUUUCAGUGCAUGAAGUGCUCAAGACUUCCGGUGAAACAUUCCAUGUUCCACCAGAUGUCUGCAGGAUCAUUCACAUCCGUGGGCCUCUGAGGGGGCUAAAGUUUGAACAGCUCAAAGAGGACAAACGGCUUUGGGACUUCCACAAAAAACUGAUUCCCAAUGUGGACAAUGCACUGAAGAGAGCGGGGCUGCUGAGAUCAGAGAGGCACAGAUGAUGAAUGGGAUGGACAGGUUGAAACUCCUCCAGCAGGUUGAAUUGAAAGUGGGCAGAGAGCGUGAGGACCAUUGCUUUUUUUAAUCUGUUGUCAUUUGUUGUUGGAAAUCGGCCAUCACACUCUCCGCCCACUACUGAAUCAUGCUUUCAGAACAGUGGUGCAUGAACAGAUUUUAUUACAGUCCAUCCAACAAUAGUCAAGACAUUUUGAUCGAAACCUACUAGACUGGUUUUGUGAUACUUCAGUCUGGACACAAAAGCACCAUUCCUAGCGUUACUUGAAAAAACACAUGUUAACAACUUCCAUGUAAGCACGCACAUAAAUGGAGACACAGUAGCAGUUGCAAGUUUCCAUCCAAAUGCAGCAAAUUUUAACCAAAGUUUACAAAUAUCUGCAAAAGGAAAUGUGAGUGUAUUCAGAAAUGGUACAUUAAGUGAAUAUUUAUUUAUACAUACACUGUAAAUCCUUUUUUAUUUGAUGUAUUUAUUGUGUUGCUAGGCCGUAAGGGCACUGGAAUCUUAUCUAGCAUGUCAUUAUUUAUGUUUGUGACCAUAGUUUUAAACCUUUUGCAACAUUUUGAUUUCUUUCUCAAAUUUUCGCUGUUUCCACUUACAUUUGUCCUUUUCUCUAUACAACAAAAAACUCAGAGAGCACUUAGAACAGGUGGAUGAAAACCCACCUUGUGUUGUCUCAGGCUGCUUGUGAAAAUAAUA